GCUUAGAAUGGCCCUGUCGAAAUGGCUUUAAAUCACUUUCUCUGUCAUUUUGAAAGUGAGAGAGCUUAACAAUACUAAAUCUUAUAUCAAUGUAGCACGUUUGGCAUAGAUAUAAGUAUUGCCUGGUUUCAUUCCUAACAGAAUAUUACAAGUCAAACAAUUGGUCAACUGGAGAGGAGCAAUAUCGAGAGCAAAACGGUCGUCGAAGGGUAGCCGAUACUAAAACUCAUAAUCACUGUUAUUAUGGAACGAUUAUGACUGUUCAUAACCAUUCGUAGCAAGUGGGGUAGAUCAUUUCGCGAUCAGCAAAGCCUCAAUACUGAACGAACAGCAACCUUCAAGAACGGAUCGUGCAAUACUUUGAUGACACUGCACUUGCGUGUGCGACCAGGUCUUCCUUUCUCUCGAUUGGUGUACUAGAGCAAUCGACUUAACUGCCCAUUCCCAUUAAAUACGGAGCUCAACAAAUACAUUUAAUCAAAAUGACGCAUCAUUUCGAUAGAUACCUCGGAGAAGUUGGAUUAGGGACGUUUAUAACUUUGAAAAUAAUAGCAAAGUCAGAGGUAGGCAAUGGCUUCCAGUACCUCGGAAUCGACGAGAAGGAUACUAAAAGAAUCUACCGGCUGAUCUACCAAGCCAAGGAAGACGGCAGUCAGUGGGGAUGGAUCGGGAAUGAUAUGAAGGUUAGCCGGAGCUAUCGGUACAGGGUGAAGCACCUGGCUGGUUUCUCCCCCGGGCUCAUGACGCCGCUACCGCACGGUGUCGACGAUCUGUAUGUUGACAAAGCAAGUUUUUUAGACGUCACGAUCCCGGAAAUGUUCCAGUACCACUUCUAUGACAUCAUCAACCGCUACUCUCGCGGGAGUGUCGAAGAGAUCUUCGGAUUCAACCAUGUUUAUGAGCGGAAAUACGUACCGGAGGGCACGUACUGUUCCAGUGUAGGAGUCCUCCAUACCCAGGGGUUUCAGCUGCAAUUCUACUUGGAUGAGUACCAGAAGAAGCGGGUCAAGUUCUCUCACGGUGAUGGGAGAUACUACGACUGGCCCGUGACAAGCACGGCACAGCCCGGCCCCGUUGUUGCCAGCAAGCCAGCUCUGCUGAUCCUCUCUCUUGACCGGCCAUUUGGAGGUUCCCCAGCCGUUCGGUUUGAGCCGCGGCGAUGCUAUAUUUUGGUGGUUGGUUUCUUGCAGCCUGAGUUUGUGGACUCUCUUGCUUUUGGAAUAUGAAAUGUGUGGGCACCUCGGAUCGAAUGGCCUGCCACCAUGAGGGAAAACAAACUGCUCGAGGUCGAACCAAACAUUGAAUAAUCAAAAUGUAUAAGUAUUUUUAGUUCAGAGCAGCUAAUCAAAUAUCAAUGAUGCUGUAUGUAAAAAGAAAUGAACAGACUUAUGAAUGAAGUUAGUAAUAUUUCGAUAUCGCCAACUACUCUGCGAACAGGUAUCAAACGCUCUUGAGACAAUGUCUGCACCAAGAUGGAGUUGCAGAAAUGAUCCGAACAACCGCUGAUCUUGUCAUGAAAGCAAGAUUGAUGUCCAGCGAACAUGGAGAGAACGUGUCCACGAUGAUCACAGAACAAUUGCCCAUGCUGCAUGAACCGAGAGCCUCAAAACUUUUCAAAUGUUCAAAAUGUUCUUCGUGAAACUUCCGUGUUUAUUCACCUUCCUCCAAGAUGUUUACCACCUUGUCAGCGAGUAUGAUCAGUACUCAUUCUUCCAUUAUCUUAACUUCUGAGACUCAAUCCAUUUAACAGCCAAAGUAACGAGAACUUGACAAUGCCACGCCAAAGAUUCUUAAUUUACUUGUCGAAAUUAACUUAUCUGUUUGAUGGAAAUUCAAAGAGCUUUCUAAUAGGUUGUUUAAAUCGAAUUUGGUGGAUUGACUUUCAAUUAUGAGCACAAUUAGAUUGUGUUGCAUUGCUUUUUGAUACAGAUUGUCAAGAACAUUGGUGCGGAAUCAUGAUGGUUUAUACUAAGUUGGGCCAAGUCAAGGAGUGCAGUACAAACAUCUCUGUAUCAUAUGACAUAUCAAGAUCUAUCCUGUAUAUCUCUGACCAAAUAUGAUAGUAUGCGAAGGGCAGGGCCGGUUAAAGUAUAGUUAAGGAUAAAAUGACGAGGCGACACUACGCUGGUGAUAUCUCCUUCAGUUGGUCUGUGGAGGAGAGGUGCACAAUGACAAUGCGUUGAUCGUCAGGUGGAACUUCCUAAGCUUCUCUCUUGUAAAAAGAAGCAAAAGAUUGAAAUUCUCGUGAAGCUUGUUACUGCGAAAGAUUGAAAAAAAUGUAUUUGCCGGGAAACGAAUGUGGUUAUUUUCAAAAGAGCUCAGAAAUUGAACAACCUCCUUCACGUCCUUCACUUGAACCUUAAUUGGGCUUUCAUAAAAUGGUACCUUGCUCAGUUGGUUAUCCGAGUUUUAAAUUGUGGAGCAAACGGUAUCAAGUAGCCACCUGAUCUAAUCGAAGCUGUGCACCUGGGCCGUCCAUGCGCAUGAGUGGAUGGGGUCGUGCAUGCACAAGAGUGGAUGGGGUCGUGCAUGCACAAGAGUGGAUGGGGUCGUGCAUGCACAAGAGUGGAUGGGGUCGUGCAUGCACAAGAGUGGAUGGGGUCGUGCAUGCACAAGAGUGGAUGGCUGGUAGGAGGUAAAGUUGUUCCCCCGGUGGAACAUUCACUGGCACUUACGGAUACAACAGUCUGCUAUGUACCAGUACUUGAGAUGUUAGGUAGAACGCCGCACCUUCCGACAAUUUUGUGGUGGAAGGGAGUGGCCUACUGGGGCCCCAAUCAAUGUUGCGGCUAGGUAAGACGCCAUAAAUCUACGCCUACCGCCUUGACCAAACAUGUUACGAUAGUCUCACUCUCAACGAAAUCGUCAUCCGAUACAGAGUAAUCUAUCAUCAACGACUUCUAUCCAUCAUGACUCGAGCACCUUUAAUCAAGAAAAUAAAACUUCACGUUGUGAAAUUUGAUUCCGUGGUGUGAUAGAUGAUAAGUAAAGUGGUGUUGUGUUGAGAAGAGACGUGCAUUGAUUGAUUGAUGAAUGCCAAGAUGUCAUGGAUAAAACUGAUUGGGCUUAAAUUGCACUUUGAAAAUCAAGCGUUGUAGUGUUCUUCUUUUCCAUUGCCAGGUAUAGAAAUUAUAAGUAGGUCAAAUAA